CUCCAUUCUUUCCAAUUCGUUUAAAAGGGAUAUCUUGAAGCGAUGAGAUUUGCCUUGUUUUGCGUUUUCUUACAUUUGCUUCUCCUGAGUCAUACGAUGGCAAGGGUGGCGCAAUCAGCGAGACAUCAAACCCGACGAUUCAAGUCGUCGCAAAGAAUUCAUUCCAGGUUAUAUAGUCAUGUAAAGAAUCGAAUUAACAAGAAUAACCAGCAUGGGCCAGCAAGUCUACCUAUUAAUGUGAGGCAUAAACAUAUUUUUUAUUCGAAAUUCAAGCACCGUAAAAAGCUCUUAAAUGCUAAAGGUUCCCCAAAAGAAGUCAUCAUCAGGGUGAAUGGACAAAAUGUUUACUCCAGCAAAGCGCAAGGAUCAAACUUCUCCAUCAACACCAGCGCACCAAUGACUCCCCCGCCUCCCUCUACUCAAACACAUAAUAUCAACCUCCACAUUAACCUUACUAGGCCAGUAAAUCCCUCAGUAAGACAAAGUAACCAGCCCAUUAUUAUAGCUCCCCUACCAAAGCCACAGCCUGUUGUAGCCAUUGUUCCUCAGAUGGCAUCACAACCUGCGCCAGUGCAAGCUCAACCCGUGGUGGUCCCUCAAGUGCAACCUCAGGUACAACCAGUUCCAACAGCUGCACCAGCACCGCCUGAAAAGAAAGGCCAAUCAAGUCUCAGAAAAAUAUUACUUACAGCUGCUCUAUUGAAAACUCUUUCGGGAUCCGACUCAUCUGAAAGCGCAACACAAGGCUUUCCAUCAUUGAUGCAGAACCUACUUGCACCCAAUAGCUACCCUCCCAACUCACUGCUCCCGGGUACUCCAGGUGUUGCUGCUUUGCCAUCAAUGGGAUAUCCCCCUCUGGGCUAUCCUCAGGUUGCGUCUCAGCCCGUAGGAAAUCCCUCCCUUGGAUAUCCUCAGGCUAACCUCCCAGUACUAGGAUUCCCAGCACAAGCUGUUCCCCAAACAGGAUCACAAUCCUUGGGAUAUCCAGCAACGGCAGGCGUGCGGGGAGGCGUUAACGUGGCAAAACCUGGCGUUGUGGGAUAUCCAGCCGUUGGCACAAACAUGGGAUAUCCAGCCGCGGGGAAUACAGGCGUGGGAUAUCCUGCCGUUGGGAACCAAAAUAUGGGAUACCCCUCCGUCGGCAACCCAAACAUGGGAAAUCCUGCUGUAGGGAACCCAUAUUUGGGAUACCCAGCUGGGGGUUACCUUCAAGGAGGUGUAAACGAGAACGUGAGAUAUCCUGCUACAAAUAACAGAUAUUUAGACGCUAGUAAGCAAAGCAGUAGAGAUCCUAUUGGCGGAAAUCAAAACCUGGGUUACCCAGGAGGAGCGAAUCACAACGUAGAGAAUCCUACGGGUAGAACCCAGAACUUGGGUUUUCCUGCUGCUGGGAGCCAAAGCAUGGAUGCUGUAGAAACGAUACCAAACUUUCUGAGUGGGCUUGCUCCAGCCCCUUCUGCAAGUCCUCUUGAGGUUAACAAUCCACCAUUACCUGGUCCAUCACCUAGUGUACAACCUAAUGCCCCACCCGUCCUUGUGCCUGCCCCAGUACCUUCUAAUAACCUAUUGCCCGCGAAUACGUCACCUGUUGGUACCCCUGGUGGGGACCCUAACCUUGCUCAAGGCCUGGGUCAGACUGCUACUUCCAUGACGCCCGUCGUGCAGCCUAACGCAGGAGUAGCAGGGACACCUGGAGUGGUGACAGGUCUCACUCCAGCUCAAGGACAGGGCACUGGCACAGUUCUACCUGCAACAACAUCAGCAGAUGUUCCAGGAUUUGAUCCGAGUUUGUGUUGGUGUGGCUGUGAGUCGACGUGUGCUAAUCCGUGUUACUUGUGUAAUAGUUGCACAGACAAUAGUUAUAACAACAUAGUAAGUCAGUACAAUCCUGGGUCAGUAAACCCUUCCAAUGGACGGAAGAAGUAGUCGUGCCUAAUUAAAAGAGGUUUCCUUACAAGUUUUAUUAACGUUUCUACUCUUAAAGGAUCAACUCGGAGGAGAAAUUUCAUUUUGAAGCCGAGGUAAGGAAACACUUGGAUUCGGAAAAUGAAGUACAACCGAAAGAUUUAGAGGCUUCAGAAAUGCAGGGUUAUUUCGUAUAGAUUUUGGUAUCUAGAGUUACAGAGAGAUCUUUGUUUCUUAUUUUCGUAUUAUGCUUCAUUGUCAUCAAGGCAGGGGGCCGAGAUGUAAAAAAUAGUCA